AUGGGGGGUCUCAGGGGACGCCCCCCCGAGCGAGGAGGAGUCGAGGACCCUGCGCUGGAUUUUUGGGGUCCCCCCCUGGCCGAGGGGGGGGACGUUUCCCCCAGGAGCUUCCUGAGCCCCCGCGGGCACCACGAGCUCCUGGAGAUCGGGCCCAGAGCUGUCCCCAAGCUGUCCCUGUUUGUGUUCCCGUGUGUGUCCCCCAUGUCCCCACAUCUGUACCCCGAGCCCUUGGGGACGUUCGAUGUCCCCUCGCGUCCCGUCCCUGUCACCACCAUCGACGUCCUGGGACGGGGACAGAGCGCGCUGAGAGAGGCGGACAGGGAGCUGGGUCUGGCUUUUGACUCCUGGGACCUGGAGUUCUACACGAAGCUGUUCCAGAAGGCCGGAAGGAACCCGACCUCGGUGGAGCUCUUCGACCUGGCCCAGAGCAACAGCGAGCACAGCCGUCACUGGUUCUUCAAGGGUCACCUGUGCGUGGACGGGCGCUCCCUGCCCGGCUCCCUCUUCCAGCGCCUCAUGGACACCCAGAGCUCCUCCCACAGCAACAACGUCAUCAAGUUCUGUGACAACAGCAGUGCCAUCCGGGGUCUCCCGGUGACCGCGCUGUGGCCGCAGGACCCGACCGGACCCAGCCCCUUCGAGAAGAGAACGAGCGUGCGGCACGUGACCUUCACCGCCGAGACUCACAACUUCCCCACGGCCGUGGCUCCCUUCAGCGGUGCCACCACCGGCACCGGGGGCCGAAUUCGGGACGUGCAGAGCACGGGGAGGGGAGCGCACGUGAUCGCGGGGACGGCGGGGUACUGCUUUGGGAACCUGCUCAUCCCAGGGUUCGAGCAGCCCUGGGAGGACCCCCUGGCCCCGUACCCCGAGUCCUUCGCUCGGCCCCUCGAGGUCGCCAUCGGGGCCAGCGACGGCGCCAGCGACUACGGGAACAAAUUUGGGGAACCCCUGCUGGCAGGUUUUGCCCGCUCCUUCGGGCAGGUCCUGCCCGGGGGGCAGCGUCGGGAGUGGAUCAAGCCCGUGAUGUUCAGCGGGGGGAUCGGGGCCCUGGAGGACGAACACGUCAGGAAAGAGAGCCCCGAGCCAGGGAUGCUGGUGGUGAAGUUGGGGGGUCCCGUCUACAGGAUCGGAGUGGGGGGAGGGGCCGCCUCCUCCAUCCAGGUGCAAGGUGACAACGAGGCCGAGCGGGACCUGGGGGCCGUGCAGAGAGGGGACCCCGAGAUGGAGCAAAAACUCAACAGGGUCCUGAGGGGCUGCGCCGAGAGCGGGGCCGGGAACCCCGUGAGCUCCAUCCACGACCAGGGGGCCGGGGGCAACGGCAAUGUCCUGAAGGAGAUCUCGGAGCCAGCCGGGGCCAUCAUCUACGCCAGCCGCUUCCAGCUGGGUGACCCCACGAUCAGCGUCCUGGAGCUCUGGGGUGCCGAGUACCAGGAGUCCAACGCGCUGCUGGUGCGGCCGGCGGCGCUGGCGCUGCUGCGGCGUCUGUGCGAGCGCGAGAGAUGUCCCCUGAGCGUGGUGGGGACCGUCACCGGGGACGGGCGGAUCGUGCUGGUGGAUGACCUGGCAUCGCCGGUGCCCGAGGGGGGGUCCCACGAGGGGCUCCCCACCCCCGUCAACCUCGAGCUCGAGUGGGUGCUGGGCAAGAUGCCCCAAAAGGAGUUCCGGCUCUCGCGCUGCCCCCUGCCCCGCCGCCCCCUGGCGCUGCCCCCCGCGCUCUCCCUGCGCGCCGCGCUCCUCAGGGUGCUGCGGCUGCCGGCCGUGGCCAGCAAGAGGUACCUGACCAACAAGGUGGACCGCUCGGUGACAGGUCUGGUGGCCCAGCAGCAGUGCGUGGGUCCCCUGCACACGCCGCUGGCCGACGUGGCCGUGGUGGCCCUGUCCCACUUCGGGGACGCGGGCGCGGCCACGGCCAUCGGCGAGCAGCCGGUCAAGGGCCUGCUGGACCCCGCGGCCGGAGCGCGGCUGGCGCUGGCCGAGGCCAUCACCAACCUGGUGUGGGCUCGGGUGACACACCUCAAGGACGUGAAGUGCUCUGGGAAUUGGAUGUGGGGAGCCAAGUCCGGCUCCGAGGGGGGGGCUCUGGUGGCCGCGUGUGACGCGCUGGUGGCCGCCCUGCACCGCCUGGGGGUGGCCAUCGAUGGCGGCAAGGACUCGCUCAGCAUGGCGGCCAGAGUGGGGACGGACACCGUGAUGGCACCUGGUGCCCUGGUGAUCUCGGCCUACGCCGUGUGCCCCGAUGUCACCGCCACCGUCACACCUGACCUCAAGUGUCCCAACGAGAGAGGGGCCCUGCUGUGGGUGCAGCUGAACCCGGGCCAGCACCGCCUGGGGGGCUCGGCCCUGGCCCAGGUGUUUGCCCAACUCGGUGACUCCUGCCCCGACCUGGACGAGCCCGGGCACCUGGAGAGCGCCUUCAACGUCACCCAGGAGCUGCUGCAAGAGCGUGUCCUGACCGCGGGCCAUGACGUCAGUGACGGGGGGCUCCUGGGCUGUGUCCUGGAGAUGGCCUUCGCUGGAAACUGCGGUGUCACCCUCAGCGUCCCCGCGCCGCCGCCCGGCGUCACCCCGCUGGCCCUGCUGUUUGCCGAGGAGCCGGGGCUGCUGCUCGAGGUUCCCACGGUGGCCGCUGUCCCCGUGUGCCGCCGCUAUCAGGACGCCGGGGUCACCUGUGUCCCCAUCGGCCACAGCGGCCCCUACGGACCCCGUGCCAUGGUGACCGUGUCCGUGGGUGGCCAGGAGAUGCUGGCCGAGCCCCUUGGGGACAUCAGGGCCCUCUGGGAGCAGACGAGUUUCCAGCUGGAGCGGCUGCAGGCGGCGCCGGCCUGCGUGGAGCAGGAGGAGCAGGACCUGGGGACACGCUGGGGACCCGAGUACAGCGUCACCUUCGACCCCGAGCACGUGUCCCCCCUGGCCAGGAACAUGGAGCUGCCGGGGCCUCGCGUGGUCGUGCUGAGGGAGGAGGGGAGCAACGGAGACCGGGAGAUGGCCGCGGCCUUCGCCAUGGCCGGCUUCCAGGUUUGGGAUGUGACCACCCAGGACCUGUGCUCGGGUUCUGCUUCCCUGGACGGGUUCAGGGGUCUCGUCUUCGUGGGGGGCUUCAGCUACGCCGACGUCCUGGGCUCUGCUAAAGGCUGGGCCGCCUCCGUCCGCUUCAACCCCAAAGUCCGAGCGGUCCUGGAGCGAUUCCGGACACGGCCGGACACCUUCAGCCUGGGAGUGUGCAACGGCUGCCAGCUGAUGGCGCUGCUGGGCUGGGUGGGGCCCCUGCCGCCAGGUGAGUGCGACGGCUCCGCGGGCCCGGCCGGGGCGGUGGCGCUGGAGCGGAACCUCUCGGGGCGCUUCGAGUCGCGAUUCGUGACCGUGAGGGUGGAACCGGGCCCGGCCGUGCUGCUGAGGGGGAUGGAGGGAGCGCGGCUGGGAGUGUGGGUGGCGCACGGGGAAGGCCGGUUCCAGUUCCGUCCCCCGUCGCUGCUGUCCCGCAGCGUCCAGUCCGGCCUGGCCGCGCUGCGCUACGUCGAUGACCGCGGGGUCCCCACCGAGCGCUACCCCCUGAACCCCAACGGCUCCGGCCAGGGCGUGGCCGCGCUCGUGUCCCCCUGCGGCCGGCACCUGGCGGCCAUGCCGCACCCCGAGCGGUCAGUGCGCGCCUGGCAGUGCCCCUGGGCCGGCCGGAGCGCGGCCGCGGGCGGCCGGAGCAAGGCCGGGUACGGACCCUGGCUGAGAAUGUUCCAGAACGCCAUGGAGUGGUGUCUGCAGUGGCCGGAGGGGGAGAAGUGACCGCUGAGUGACCAAUGAGUGACCAGCACGUGGACACCCCCUCUGUGACACUGACUGCUGAGUGACCAAUGAGUGACCAAUGAGUGACCAAUGAGUGACCGCUGAGUGACCAAUGAGUGACCAGCACGUGGACACCCCCUCUGUGACACUGACUGCUGAGUGAUCAAUGAGUGACCAAUGAGUGACCAAUGAGUGACCAAUGAGUGACCAGCACGUGGACACCCCCUCUGUGACACUGACUGCUGAGUGACCAAUGAGUGACCAAUGAGUGACCAAUGAGUGACCAAUGAGUGACCAGCACGUGGACACCCCCUCUGUGACACUGACUGCUGAGUGAUCAAUGAGUGACCAAUGAGUGACCAAUGAGUGACCAACCCAUGGACACCCCCUCUGUGACACUGACCACUGAGUGACCAAUGAGUGACCAAUGAGUGACCAAUGAGUGACCACUGAGUGACCAAUGAGUGACCAAUGAGUGACCAGCACGUGGACACCCCCUCUGUGACACUGACUGCUGAGUGACCAAUGAAUGACCAAUGAGUGACCGCUGAGUGACCAAUGAGUGACCAGCACGUGGACACCCCCUCUGUGACACUGACUGCUGAGUGAUCAAUGAGUGACCAAUGAGUGACCAAUGAGUGACCAAUGAGUGACCAACCCAUGGACACCCCCUCUGUGACACUGACCACUGAGUGACCAAUGAGUGACCAAUGAGUGACCACUGAGUGACCACUGACCACUGAGUGACCAAUGAGUGACCACUGAGUGACCACUGACCACUGAGUGACCACCCCAGGAAUGCUCCGGGACCCCCCAGUGGUGACCGCAGGGGACACUGACCCCUCCCUGGGGACACUGAGUGACCACUGAGUGACCACCCCCAUGACCAGCUGACCACCCACAAGCCCCAGUGACCAACUGACCACCCCAGGGGUGGGCAG